AUGGAUGAGUUAACCUAUCAGUCAAGGCUCAUCCCCCGAGAGGAGGCGCAGCGAACAGGCUGCUUCACAUCCUUACCCAUCCGCAUCCAUCCCCGCAAUGACAUUGCCGACGCUGCAACAGCCAAGUUCAUUGCAGAAUGGGCCAAGCAUUUCCAUGAUGGCAGAGAGAAGAGAGCUCGCUUCUGCCCUUCCCCUGUGGGUAAUUGGAAUUCGUUGCUCUAUCCCGAGGCCAUGCCUGAAAGGCUCGGCGCUGUUUCUUAUCUAUUGGACCUUGGCCUUAUUCACAACGAUUUGAAUGAGGAGCUCAGCGUCCAAGAUUCCAAGACAGCGCAUGAACAUAUGAAACCUGCUUUGGACCCGCAGGACAUCCGCAAGUGGGACCCAAACUCGCCUCAGAUGAAAUUCAAGAUGCUCUUAUCCGAGUGUGUUGUUGAGUGUAUCAAAAUAGAUCGUGAGCUUGGCAUAUCCAUGCUCAAGGCCUUUCGCGUUCUGUGGCUGGACGUUGCUGAGAACGCCAGCAGCGAAGAGCCUCAGACACUGGACGACUACUGGCGUGUACGAAGGUCAAAUGGUGGCUUGAGCGUUUUCUGGCCCAUAGUUCUCUUCGUCACAAACCUCCACCUCUCGGAGGAUCAACAUGCUCUGGUCCAGCCCAUUAUCGUCGCGGCGGAGGAGACUCAGUGUUGGGCGAAUGACUACUUCAGUUACGAACGCGAAGCUUGGGAAUUUGAGACCGGAAAGGCGAAGUGCAUCGUCAAUCUUGUGGGGAUGUUGUCUCGGACCAAGGGACUGUCGAGUACAGAUGCCAAGGCAGAAGUCAAAGGGAUGAUCUUGGAGGCAGAGGCCAAAUAUUGCCGGCUCCGCGACGAUCUUUACAUCGGCCUGUCGAUCUCCGGCAACCAUUAUUGGCUCUCGGGUUGUUCAGGGCAAAAUACGGGGAAAACCAAUGGCAUCCGCAAUGACACAAAAAGCGAGGGGAGCGAGCUCAUCGCGGCCCUGAACUUAUGGUUCAAAGUGCCUCCGGGGGCGCUGGGACACAUUAAUUCAGCCAUCGACAUGUUACACAACGCGUCGCUUAUCCUGGACGACAUCCAGGACAACUUGCCGCUGCGGCGUGGGGUUCCCGCCGCCCACGUCGUCUUUGGAGCAGCGCAGUCCAUCAACAGCGCGACCUUCAUGUUUGUCAAUGCAACGGCGGUAGUCAUCUCGAAGCUCUGCCCGGCGGCGCUGAAAGCGCUGCUGGAGGGUCUCGAGACACUCUUCUUGGGCCAGAGCUGGGACCUGUACUGGAAGCACAACCUGCAAUGCCCGAGCGAGGCUGAGUACGUGAGGAUGGUGGACCACAAGACGGGCGGCAUGUUUAUCAUGCUGGUGCGGCUGAUAAUGGCCGAGAGCCCGUAUUGCGGAAGUGAGGUCGUCGAGGACCUGGAGACGCUGAUGCGGCUGCUGGGACGUUUCUACCAGAUUCGCGAUGACUAUCUGAACUUCAGUGCCUACGCGUCCCAAAAGGGCUUCGCCGAGGACCUGGACGAGGGCAAGUUCUCGUUCCCCAUCGUAUGCGGCAUUGAGAAGCAUCCUGAGUCGCGUGGCCAAAUCCUCGCCGUCUUUAGACAGCGCCCGGCCAGCGCGGCCGCUGAGGCUAAGUCGCUGUCCAGAAAGGUCAAGGAAUAUAUGAUCAAGUGCAUUGUGUCGUCUGGCGGCUUCGACGAGACUCUGAAGUGCUUGACGAGCAUGGAGCACGAGAUCGAGCUAGGGAUGGUCAAGAUUGAAGAGAGAUCGGGCCAAGCUAAUUCCCUCUGA